AUGGAAGGUACCGGCUAUGAUGACCUAGACGAUCUCCCUCUAAUUCGGCCUACUGUACCAGAUGCUGCGAUUGAAGAGCGGAUAACUCGAAAGAAGGUUUUUGUUGUUGCCAUACUUCUUUGCGUAAAUCUUCUAAAUUAUAUGGAUCGUUUCACCAUUGCUGGAGUCCUCGGUAGACUGCAGGAUUAUUUUCACAUGAAUGACAAGGAAGCUGGCGUUCUGCAGACUGUUUUUAUCGUCUUUUUCAUGGUUUUUGCCCCAAUUUGUGGUUAUCUUGGUGAUCGGUACAACCGAAAAAUGAUAAUGAUUGUUGGUCUGGCAAUCUGGAUUGUUGGAGUUACGUUGUCGACUUUUGUUGGACGGGAG